AUGCCCCCGCAGAGGCUGCCUGAGGACUCGCUCGCCGCGCUGAGGCCGGCGCCCGCCAUGGAGGCCCCGCUCGGCCCCGGGCCCCCCGCGCCGGCCGCCGCCGCGCCGCUGCGCGCCCCGGAGGUGGCGCGGCUCCGCGAGGAGCAGGAAAAGGUGGUCACUAACUGCCGAGAGAAAAUCCAGCAUUGGAAGAAGGUAGAUAAUGACUAUAAUGCCCUUCAAGAAAGACUCAGCACCUUGCCUGAUAAGUUGUCUUAUAAUAUCAUGGUACCAUUUGGCCCCUUUGCCUUCAUGCCAGGAAAACUUGUCCACACUAAUGAAGUCACUGUUUUACUCGGGGACAACUGGUUUGCAAAGUGCUCAGCAAAGCAGGCUGUGGGCCUAGUCGAGCACCGGAAAGAACAUGUAAGAAAAACAAUAGAUGAUUUAAAAAAAGUGAUGAAAAAUUUUGAAUCCAGAGUUGAAUUCACAGAAGAUUUGCAGAAAAUGAGUGAUGCUGCAGGUGAUAUUGUAGACAUAAGAGAAGAAAUUAGAAGUGACUUUGAAUUUAAAGCAAAACACCGAAUUGCUCAUAAACCUCACUCCAAACCAAAAACUUCAGAUAUUUUUGAAGCAGAUUUUGCAAAUGAUGUAAAAUCCAAGGAUUUGCUUGCUGAUAAGGAACUGUGGGCUCGACUUGAAGAACUAGAGAGACAAGAAGAAUUGCUGGGUGAACUUGAUAGUAAGCCUGAUACUUUGAUUGCAAACGGAGAAGAUACGACGUCUUCUGAAGAGGAAAAGGAAGAUCAGAACAUAAACGUGAAUGUCAUGCAUCAAGUAACAGACUCUGUUACUCCCAGCAAUUGCUGUGAGGAUGUUACAAAUUCAGAACUGUUCAAUGGUCAAACGAAUAGUCAGUUGAACUGUUCAGUGAAUGGUGCAAAUUCUUAUCAUAGUAAUGAAGAAGAGGAUGAUGACGACGACGACGAAGAUGAUGAUGGUGAUGGAGAUAAUGAAAAUGACCAUGAUACUUUAGGGGUUGGAGAUAAUUCUAUACCAACAAUAUAUUUUUCUCAUACUGUUGAACCUAAGAGGGUCCGAAUAAAUACUGGAAAAAAUACCACUUUAAAAUUCAGUGAAAAGAAAGAAGAAGCCAAACGUAAAAGAAAGAACAACUCUGGCGGCGGCUCUCCUGCCCAAGAGCUGCCUGCCAUCAGGACUCCUGCUGACAUUUACAGAGUCUUUGUGGAUGUCGUGAAUGGAGAGUAUGUCCCUCGCAAGUCGAUCCUGAAGUCCCGCAGCAGAGAGAACAGCGUGUGCAGCGACACCAGUGAGAGCAGCAUGGCUGACUUCGAUGACAGGCGGGCACUUCUGAGGGGCGUCAGCUGCGAAGAGGCCACUUGCAGUGAUACUGGUGAGAGCAUUCAGGAAGAGGAACAACCAGAUCAUCAUCAAAGGCGACUUCUGCCCUCGUCAGGAACACCUGAGGCUUUUUCUGGAACUGUAAUAGAAAAAGAAUUUUUAUCGCCCUCCUUAACACCACACCCAGCCAUGGCUCAUCCUGUGCUACCCACCAUUCCAGAACGAAAAGAAGUUCUAUCUGAAGUACCAGAAGAAACUACCAAGAGGGUUUCAAAGUUCAGAGCUGCCAGAUUGCAGCAAAAAAACUAGAGCCUGCCUAGGAAAUGGGAGUUUAUGCCCCAAAACCUAGUUUUGCAUUUCUUUAGAAUAUAUAUAUAGCAAAACGUGUUACAUGUAGUUUGAAAUAAGGCAUCAUGAGUUUAUUUGGCAGCAAGUUCUCUUACUCUCAUCAGUGAUAUUAAAAGAAGUCAAAGUAAAUGUUUGAAUACUUUCAUAUCCAGCUGCUUGUGUUAAUUCUCUGAAUACUGUCAACACUCUUGUCUGAGUUUGCCAUAGGAUGCAGUGGGAGCAUUUUGAAAUAUUUUUCAAAGAAUACUGUUCAUAUGUAUUGUUUUUGUGUUUCAAACGAAAUGGAGGCAGUUUUGUACCAGCUGUGAUGUUGUGCAUACCAUAUGGACCAUUUUAAACAAACUUUUAAAAUUUCAAAUAGAUUCAACAAUUAUAUUACUUGCUUUAGCAUUUUAAGGGCACUUUAAAAGAAUCUACUUCGUGUAGGUUUUACAGCUGGGUGGCUAUUUAAAAAACCUCUCCCCUUUGACUGUCAUUCUGUAAUCUCUAAGGCAGAAAGCUACAUGUACCCUAUUGGAAAGUUUCUUUGCUUGGAAGAAUGGUAUUUUGUAAAACAUUUUUUUCAAGUAAAAAUUUUAUGAAACUUGGUCUCUAAAA